AUGAGGGGCGUAGUAGUGAACCACCAACAGCUGGCACUAUUAACGUUAUUAUCGGAGGAACAGCUUCAGGGAGAGACACCAACAAUGGACCUAACUUCGAGGUCAAGAGAUUUAGAAGGAAUAUCCUUCCCCCAUGAUGACGCCCUAGUCAUAUCAGCCAUCAUAGCUAACUUCGAGGUCAAGAGAAUUCUUGUGGAUAAUGGAAGUGCAGCUAAUGUACUGUCUCAUGAAGCUUUAGUUCAGAUGGGUAUCUCAGUGGAACAACUCAAGCCUGUUAAAACACCCCUACAAGGAUUUGGUGGUGGGGUCAUCACCCCUGAAGGUAUUGUUGAAUUACUCAUGACUUUGGGAUCUAAAGGUCGACAGGUAACCCACAUCGUAACUUUCGAAGUUGUCCGAACUUCGAUGGCCUACAACGCCAUUCUGGGAAGACCGUUGCUAAAUAAAAUCAGAGCUAUUAUCUCAACUUUUCACAUGGCGAUGAAGUUCCCCACAUAUAGUGGAGUUGGGGUCAUCCGAGGAAGCCAAACCAUGGCUCGCCAGUGUUAUGUGACCAGUGUCCGAAAAAUAAAGGGCGACGUCAUGCAGCUUAUAGAGCUCGAGCUCGAGCUUGAAAAUCGGGGGAGACUCGCCCCGGUAGAGGAGCUGGUCGAGGUCGAGCUCGUGCCUGGUAGGAAGGUGACAGUAGGGCGUGACCUUGAUUCAACCAUCAUGGCUAAACUCAUAAGUUGUCUCUCCCAGAACCAAGACGUAUUCGCAUGGACAGUUGAAGACAUGCCCGGAAUUGACCUCGAGGUUGCCGUACACCGACUCAAUGUAAACCCAGGAGCCAAACCUGUCAAACAAAGGAAAAGACAGUUUGCGCCUGAACGGCGCGAAGUCAUACGAGAAGAGAUUGCCAAGCUGCUUAAUGCACAAUUCAUCCGAGAAGUACAAUAUCCUGACUGGCUCGCCAAUGUAGUUCUCGUAAAAAAGGCCAAUGGAAAGUGGCGAGUUUGCAUUGACUUCACUGAUUUGAACAAAGCAUGUCCGAAAGAUAGCUAUCCCCUACCUCGGAUUGACAGUCUCGUUGAUAGCACUUCGGAUCACAAAUUGUACAGCUCUUUGGACGCAUUCUCAAGGUACCACCAAAUACCAAUGGCCACAGAAGAUCAAGAGAAGACCUCAUUCAUGGCAGACUCUGCCAUCUAUUGUUAUAAGGCCAUGCCAUUCGUCUUAAAGAACGCAGGGGCUACAUAUCAGAGGCUAAUCAACAAGGUCUUUGCUGAUUUAAUUGGGAAAACCAUUGAGGCUUACGUAGAUGACAUGGUGGUCAAAAGUAAACAGGUAGAUGAUCAUAUCACCGAUCUUGAAGAAAUGUUUUCCACGCUACGAAAAUACAACAUGAAGCUCAACCCAACAAAAUGUGCCUUUGGGGUAGCAUCAGGAAAGUUUCUAGGUUUCAUGAUCACAAAUAGAAUAAUAGAAGCCAACCCUGACAAGAUCCAAGCCCUGGUAUCUAUGGAAGCCCCAAAGAGCAAAAAGGACAUCCAAAAGCUUACAGGUCGGGUAGUAGCAUUGAACAGAUUUAUCUCUCGAGCAGCAGAUAAAUGUUUCCCUUUUUUCAAAGUUCUAAGAGGCCACAAGAGUUUUGAAUGGAAUGACGAAUGCGAUCUAGCCUUCCAACAACUUAAGCAAACUUUAGCUGUACCUCCGGUUCUUGCCAAACCAGAGCCUGGUGAUACUUUGUUCCUUUACUUGGCUGUUUCUCAAAAUGCCUUAGCUCUUGCUUUGAUAGUAACUGCUAGAAAGUUGCGACAAUAUUUCCAAUCUCACCCUAUAAUAGUUCUCACCAAUCAACCACUUAAGCACAUACUUCAGAGGCUAGAUGUCUCAGGAAGGCUAUUAAAAUGGGCGAUCGAGCUUGGCGAGUUCGACAUAGAAUUCAAGCCUCGACCUUCCAUCAAAGCGCAAGCACUGGCCGACUUCAUAGCUGAACUCACUCCAAAGACAGAAAGGCCAGGAGUAAAAAACGGAAGCACGGCCUCAAAAACCUGGGAGAUAUUUGUUGACGGGGCGUCGAACAGCUCGGGCUCGGGGGCCGGGAUAAUCAUCAUCAGCCCGGACAAAAUCACUGAAGUUCAAUGUGCGCUUAGGUUUGAGUUUGAAGCAACCAACAACGAAGCGGAAUAUGAAGCUGUGGUCAUUACUCUCAAACUUGCCAGGAAUUUGGAAUUAGAGCACAUCAGAGUCUUCAGCGACUCACAGCUCGUUGUUGGACAGAUUGAAGGAUCCUUUGAAGGAAAAGAUGAAAAGAUAAGCUCAUACUGUCUAAAAGUGCAUGACCUUCAAAGGCAGUUCACAAGUUGUGAAAUAUUGAAAAUAGCAAGGGCAGAUAACUCCAAAGCUGAUGCACUAUCUAGACUUGUUUUCAUGAGGAUAGAUGGACUCGACAGAACAGUGAACAUCAAGAUUGUCACAGAGUCUAGCAUAAACAUGAAGCUGAGCGUCAUGAACAUUGACCAUGAGCCCUCCUGGAUUGAUCCAAUAGUUGAGUAUAUAAGUAAUGGAGACCUACCUCCUGACCCUCGCACCGCAAGAAGUAUUCGAGCCAAAGCUGCUAGGUAUUGCAUGAUCAGAGGGGUGUUGUUUCGACGAAGCCUCACGCUUCCCUAUCUGAGAUGCCUUAAGCCUUUUGAAUCUAUCCAAGCCCUGACUGAGGUUUACGAGGGAGUAUGCGGAAAUCACCAAGGAGCCAGGGCCCUUGCCUACAAAUUAAUAAGGUAUGGAUACAACUGGCCAACAAUGAAAAAAGAUGCAGCUGAAUAUGUCAAAAGAUACGACAAAUGUCAGAGGUUUGGUAAUGCUAUACAUGCCCCUGCAGAAGAGUUGACCUCUAUCCAUUAUUCAGCACCAUUUGAACAAUGGGGAGUCGACAUUCUUGGUCCUUUCCCCAUGACCCGAGGACAAUUAAAAUUUGCUGUGGUAGCAGUUGAAUACUUCACAAAGUGGGUAGAAGUCGAACCCCUAGCAAAAAUAUCAGAGGCCAAGCUCAGAUCAUUUAUAUGGAAGUCUAUUAUAUGUAGGUUCGGAAUAUCCAAAGUACUUAUAACAAACAAUGGAAGACAGUUCGACAAUUCACAAUUCAGAAACUUUUGUGUCAAUCUCGGUAUCGACCAUCGUCUGACGUCAGUAUCGCACCCUCAAAGCAAUGGCCUCGCUGAGGUGACAAAUAGAAUCAUACUUCAGGACCUUCGUACCAGGAUUGGAAAUGCAAGAGCAACAGGCGAGACUCCUUUCAUGUUAGCUUUUGGCUUGGAGGCCACUAUCCCCAUCGAAAUCAAUCUCCCCACUUUAAGGAGGGUUGAACCCGGUAUGGAAGACCGAACAACCGAAUAUCUUGACUUGCUUGAAGAAGUAAGAGAGCAAGCUUCACUAAGAGCUGUUAGUUACCAAAAUAAAACGGCAAAGUAUUUCAACACCAAAGUCAAGUCCCGAGAAUUUAAGAGUGGCAAUUUGGUUCUAAGAAAAGCAGAGGCUGCUGGACACCCUCCAGGUAAACUUGGACCAGUAUGGGAAGGGCCAUUCGAAGUCAUAUAA